AUGAAAUAGCUAGUCGUAUUAGCAUUAAUGCUAAGCUUGGCUUUGAGUACAAGCAUAACAUCACCUUAACUAUUGGUGGAAUUGUAGGCAAGAACUGAAAAUGUGAUAGACGAUGGAGUUGAUCUAUUGGAACAACUUCUUGCUACAACAGAAUAGUAAUAUGAGCAAGUCAUCCAAGAGAAUGAAGCUGAAUAGCAACAAUUAAAAGAUUAAGUGGCUUCAAAAGAGUAAUAACUUUACGAUCUUUAAAACACUUGUAUGGUGAUGUCUGACGACUUGGCCUUGCUCAAAUAAUAAAUUGAAUUACAUGGAGAUGACACAGCAUACUUCAGAAAUGAAAUCAUAAAAGACAAUCGUAGAAUUGAAGUACUUGAAGAGCUUCGUUGCUAAUAAAGCAAGAAUUGGUUGAAUUUCAUCAAAUCAAGCAAAUACAUUCUUAAUUUGAUUGAGUUUUUAAGAAGAGCCAUUUAGAAUUAUGGAUCAUUCGCUGAGAUCUAAAACUUUUCAGUGAUGUUGGAGACACUCAGCAGAGAAGUUGAUGAUAAUGAACUAUUGAACUCUCUUUAAGCAGUUAGUAAAUCAAGAGCAAUUACUCCAGUUAGAUAGGAAUUACUAUAAUUGCUUGAUUAGAUUGAAGAAUCCAUCAAGGCCAAGAUCAAUACAAGUUAAACUGACGAAAUUCUGUCAACAUCAAGAAUUGCUGAUUAUUUACAUUAGCUCAAAUAAGAAAUCGCUUGGUAUGAGAAUGAAGUUGCCAAACUCAAUGAAGCUUGGGGAGAUUCACCAGAAGAAACAGUAAAACAAAGAUAAAAGGAAUUGGACACAUGUGAAAGUGGAAUCAAUGCUAAAAUUGAAGAAGCUAAAGAAUUCAGAAAUCACGUGAGUGAAUAAAUUAUUCAUAAUGAAUCCAGAUAAGCUCGUUUCUUAGAGUAAAAGGACUUAGUUGCCUAAUUGAUUGUUGAAUAUUAAAAUGCCUUCAAUAAAAUUGGAGAGACCUACAAAAUUAGAAUCGAUGAUUAUGUUGAAGAUGGAGUAUUUGACAAGACUGUUGAUUUUGAUAAAAGAUCAUUAACUGACCUCUAUGGAGAUAAGGAGAACAAUUUCGAAUAAUACGUAGAUGAUUUAGUAAGUGGUGUUGCUACUCCAGUUGAAGUACCAGUAGUUGAAGAAGAUCCAGAACUAUCAGGUGUUUUUGAAGGUGGAAGCGAGUCAGAAAGUGAAGAGGCUGAAUCUGCCGAAGAAGUAGAGGAGACUGUUACUGAAGGAACACAAGAGAGUGCUACUGAAGAAGUAGUUGAGACCGCAACAGAAGAACCAGUUGAGACUACAACUCAACCAGAGGUUGAAACUACAAAUGAAGAAACCAAUCAUUUUGAAUAAGGCGAAGUUCAACAAUCUGUUUGAUUCUAUUAAAAUAAAUAAAUAUUUAUAUCAAGACACAAAAUAGUGUGCAAAAUUA